AAGAGUGAAUCCAGCAUAGCGUAAACAAAGACUCGACAUGGCUUUCAGCUCAAAACCUUGUUGCUUCGUUGUCCUGUUCGUGUUUAUGGUAAGUUUCGAUGCAUUGGUUCGAGACGUCGGUGCGGCCGGCGGUGCGUGCGGGAGGACCCCAAUCAGGUCCGCUGCCGCGAGUUUAAGCCCGUGCUUGGGCGCGUCUCGGAAUGCCAGGGCUAAAGUCCCGCCUGCAUGCUGCGCCAAGGUGGGUGACUUGAUCCGGGCUUCACCGAGGUGCCUUUGUGCCAUCUUGCUAUCGCCAUUGGCAAAGCAGGCCGGGAUCAUGCCCGGGGUCGCUAUCGCCAUCCCCAAACGAUGCAACAUUCGGAACAGGCAAGCCGGCAAAAAAUGUGGAAGGUACAUCGUCCCAUAAGAGAGCAUGCAUGAAGGAGGAAAAUGGGUUAUUUCACUCUUAGUUAUGAUAAAUAAAGUAUUGUUGCUGCAUUAUUGGGUGAUUCACCCAUUAAGGCACUUCGUCAUACUAUAUAUGCAAUCUUGAGUGUUAGAUCUCUCG